AAAUUUAACCUAGAUGGCGCUACAAUGCACUAUUUGCAAUAAAUUUCUCGCUGAUGAUUCUUCGUGAAUUUAUCAACACGUGUUUGUUACUUUCAAUCAGUGUCAGUGAGCACAGUUCGUGACGGUGUGAGUUAUCGUGGUUUAUGUGUUCAACCAUUUAUGUGGUAAAUCCGAGCAACUACUUUUAAAUUUCUAAGCCUACUUGUUUAAGGUUAGUGUUCACAGUGUUGUGAUCUCACGUGUUGCCUGCCGUGUGCCUAAAAUACUCUAAUCUCAUGUGCGUAAUCAUGGAUCACAAGAAAAAAUCGAAUCUUCCUGUGCUACUGAAUCAUUCUGAGCUCCAGAAGUUACGCACCGACGCUGGUUCUUGCGUGGAAGUGAAAACAUGUGCGCAUCAUAUCACACUUCAUCCGUUUCACCUCUCAAAUAUAGCCAACUCAAUCAAAGAGAUUCUAAAUGAAAGAGUGGCUAAAUAUUCGGCUGAAUUCGGCGGUAUUUUGCUUGGUUUUGAAAACAUCAAAAUAUUUGGAUCUAAAGCACCAAUGUAUGAUGACAUGUGCUUUAUGCAUCAGAAAAUUGAAGCUGAUUUCUAUAUAUUCAAGCCAACAAUUGGAUGUAGAUUAAAUGGUGUGAUCAUUAAGAAGAGUCAGGAUCAUAUUGGUUGUUUGGUGCAUAAGUUGUUUAAUAUUUCUUUGCCAAAACCAGAGGGUGAUGACAAUUGGUUGGGUUUCAAGGCACAAAUUGGUCAGGAAGUGCAGUUUCAAGUCAGUUUUAUGAAUUUGGAUGCAAGAUUACCCUAUAUUAAAGGAGUAUUAUUAACAAUAAUAUCAGAAGAUAGUGGAAUAAGCACAAGUGAUGAAACAGCUCACCCUAAAAAGAAGAAAUCGAAAAAAUCCACUAAAGAUAAAGUAGAUGGCUCACAACCAGAAGCUGAAUCAGUAAAAAAGAAGAAACUGAAAAAGAAGAAAACACUUCCAGAAGAAGAUAUACUAAACAUUAUCUUUGAUGCACCAGAAAAGAAAAAGAAGUCCAAAAAAGACAAGAAAUCAAAAUCAGAAGUUCCAGAAGAUCAGAAUAACAUAGACCAGAUUGAAGACCUGAAAGGUAAAUACCUAGAACAAUUAAAUAUCUUAAAAGAACUUACUCACAUUGAUGAAACAAAUGUAACAGCUCAACCUAAACAGAAAAAAUCAAAAAGAACAAAACAAAACCUGAAAAUGAUGAAGGAUUAGUUGAACAAGAUGAAAAUGAGACUAAACCAAAGAAAAAAGAGAAAAAAUCGAAGAAGGAGAAGAAAAUAAAAGAGAAAACAGAAGUGAAAGAACGAGAUUUAUUAGAUGAAUCAUUACCUGAUCUUAAUUUGGAUGCAUUGUUUGAAGAUGGUUCAAUUAGUAUGCAGAAAGACACUGACAAUGACACCAAAUUCAGCCAGAGUAUUAUACUACCCGCCGAUCCUGACAUGGAUGAAAUUCUGAAAGAUAUUCCAAAGAAAAAAGCGAAAAAGGAUAAAAAGUCACCAUCCAAGAAGAGGAAAUUGGAGGAAGUUGAUGAUGAACAAGUGACAGACUCAUCAAUAAGGAAAAAGAAGAAAAAACACAGUACCUAACUCAUAGGUACCCUUAUUGCAAUUACCUGCUUUGUAUUUUGUACGUUGAUUUUGGUUCUGUAGACAUUUAAGUUAAUUUGUGAUCACAUUCAUCAUUAUAAUAUGUUACUUUAAUUGUGUAUAGAAGUAAACAUGUUGUUUACUUUAAAUGAUUUGAUUCUUUAUGGUAACGGCCAAGGUAGGCCGGAAAAAUCCACCGGGCCACCAAGUCCAGCAUCCGCUUCGAGGAGACUCAUGAUGACCGCCAUUGCUGCUUCAUCAUUACCAUCUGACGAAGGGUUGUUGGUUGGUGAUUCGCGUACGGCGUCUUCCAUCAUACCAAUAACACGACUUUCGGACGCUGGUAAGGUCACCACACUUCCACCUUUGUUACAAUUGAAGAAAUUUGACAAUUUGUAUAAAUAGUUUAUAAUAUAAAAGCAAAUAAUUUAAUAUACAGCGGUGUUUACCUGGUUCGGAAAGAUUUGUCAAAGAAAUGUUGUUUUGAACGUGGUGGUUGUUAAAUUGUGAAUCUUGCGGUUGAUAAUUUGAUAUCAUUUGAUUUUGAUCAGAUGUGGACAUUCCUGGACAUGGGACACUUGUAGAUAUUUGCGACUGAAACAAUAACACAAACAUAUAAACUA